AAAUAAAAUCGUCUGAUCAGAGCAGUGUCUGAUCAGCUCGCGGCGAGCAGGGCGGCGGCGAAUCUCAUUCCCCCGGAAGCUAAGAAGACGACCGACGUCGAGAGCUUUAUUUAGGGUUUUGGUUUCAGCUUCUCAGAAGCAUUGCGGGGAAGAGGUCAGGAGGAGGAGAAGAGCUACGAGAGCUAGGGAUUGCUCUUUCCAGGAACCAGAUUGCUUGAGGGGGCGGCGUCGGAGAAAAGGGAGCGAAAAUGAGGAUUAUGAUCAAGGGCGGUGUUUGGAAGAACACCGAAGAUGAAAUCCUCAAGGCGGCGGUGAUGAAGUACGGGAAGAACCAGUGGGCCCGUAUCUCGUCGCUCCUCGUGCGCAAAUCCGCCAAGCAGUGCAAGGCUCGCUGGUACGAGUGGCUCGACCCUUCCAUCAAGAAGACUGAAUGGACGAGAGAGGAGGACGAGAAACUGCUUCAUCUCGCUAAGCUUAUGCCGAUGCAAUGGCGAACCCUUGCCCCCAUUGUUGGCCGUACUCCAUCUCAAUGCCUCGAGCGGUACGAGAAGCUACUCGAUGCAGCCUGCGCUAAAGAUGAGAACUACGAACCUGGUGAUGAUCCUAGGAAAUUACGACCAGGGGAGAUUGAUCCCAACCCGGAGUCGAAGCCUGCGCGGCCUGAUCCUGUUGAUAUGGAUGAGGAUGAGAAGGAAAUGCUUUCAGAAGCGAGAGCACGAUUAGCCAACACGAGGGGUAAGAAGGCGAAAAGAAAAGCCCGGGAGAAACAGCUGGAAGAGGCCAGGAGGCUUGCUUCACUGCAGAAAAGGAGAGAGCUAAAGGCUGCUGGCAUAGAUAACAGGCGCCUGAGGAAGAAAAGGAAGGGAAUAGACUAUAACGCAGAAAUUCCAUUCGAGAAAAGGCCCCCUCCUGGGUUCUAUGACGUUACCGGUGAAGACAAGACAGUAAAGCAGCCCAAGUUCCCGACCACCAUUGAAGAGCUUGAGGGUAAACGGAGGGCAGACAUUGAGGCCCAGCUGAGGAAGCAAGACAUUGCGAAGAAUAAGAUUGCACAGAGGCAGGAUGCUCCUUCAGCUAUCCUUCAAGCCAACAAGAUGAAUGACCCAGAAGCAGUGAGGAAGAGAUCGAAAUUGAUGCUUCCAGCACCACAGAUCUCGGACCAUGAACUUGAAGAGAUUGCGAAGAUGGGUUAUGCCAGUGAUCUUCUGGCUGGAAAUGAGGAACUGACGGAAGGGAGUGCAGCAACACGGGCUCUUCUUGCAAACUACUCUCAGACUCCGCGACAGGGAAUGACUCCUAUACGGACACCACAGAGAACACCUGCUGAGAAGGGAGAUUCUAUCUUGAUGGAAGCUGAAAACCUUGCGAGGCUGAGGGAGUCACAGACUCCGUUAUUUGGGGGGCAGAAUCCUGACCUUCAUCCGUCAGACUUUUCGGGGGUCACCCCUAAGAAAAGGGAAUUGCAGACCCCAAAUCCCAUGCUUACUCCUUCAAUGACUCCAGGAGGGGGUGUUACUCCAAGACUUGGCAUGACACCAGCAAGGGAGGGGAGUUCUUUCGGUAUGACUCCAAAAGGAACUCCCAUGAGGGAUGAGCUCCAUAUAAAUGAAGAGAGGGAUAUACAUGAUGGUUCUAAGCUUGAGUUAAGAAGGCAAGCUGAUCUAAGGAGGAACUUGCGUUCUGGUUUAAGUGGUCUUCCACAACCCAAAAAUGAGUAUCAAAUAGUGAUGCAACCGAUUCCUGAAGAAAACGAGGAACCAGAAGAGAAGAUUGAGGAAGAUAUGUCUGAUCGGAUAGAUAGAGAAAAGGCUGAGGAAGAAGCACGGCAACAGGCUCUGCUUAGGAAGAGAUCGAAAGUGCUGCAACGAGAGCUGCCCCGUCCCCCAGCUGCUUCUCUGGAAUUAAUUAAGAGCUCCUUGAUGAGGGCCGAGGGAGAUAAGAGUUCCUUUGUUCCACCAACACCAAUUGAGAUGGCUGAUGAAAUGGUGAGGAAGGAGCUCCUAGCUUUGCUGGAGCAUGACAAUGCAAAGUAUCCGCUUGAUGGAAAAAUGAACAAGGAGAAAAAGAAAGCUUCUAAGCGAACUGCUAAUGGCCCUGUUGUUCCAGAAAUUGACGACUUUGAGGAAGAUGAGCUCAAAGGGGCAGACUCUUUGAUAAAGGAGGAGGCUCAAUAUCUUCGUGUUGCAAUGGGGCAUGAAAGUGAAUCGCUGGAUGAAUUUGUUGAAGCUCACAAAACUUGCUUGAAUGAUCUCAUGUACUUCCCUACCCGUAAUGCAUAUGGGCUCUCAAGUGUUGCCGGUAAUAUGGAGAAACUUGAGGCCUUGCAGAAUGAAUUUGAAAGCGUAAAGAAGAGGAUCGAUGAAGAUCGUGAGAAGUCGAUGCGGCUUGAGAAGAAGAUCAAAACUCUCACACAUGGUUAUCAGAUGCGGGAGAAAACUUUGUGGGACAAGAUUGAGUCUACCUUCAAGCAAAUGGAUACUGCAGGGACAGAGCUCGAGUGCUUCCAAGCUCUGCAGAAGCAAGAGCAACUAGCUGCAUCCCAUAGAGUUAGCAAUCUCUGGGAGGAGGUUCAGAAGCAGAAAGAGCUCGAGAGAACUCUCCAGUCUCGGUAUGGUUCUCUCCUCGCAGGGCUGGAAAAAACAAAGCAGCUGAUCGAGGGAUUCAGAGCUGAAGCACAGAGGCAAGAAGAGACUGAAGCCAAGAAUCACGCUUUCGAGAUGGCUAAAGCUGCAUCAGAAGUUAAUGUUGAUCCUUUGGUAGAUGAAGAGAAGGAAUCCAAGGCAGAAGUAAAUGUUGAUUCUGUUGCAGAUGAAGAGAAGGGCUCUAUGGCAGUCUCAGGCCAAGAAAUGGAUUCUGCCCCCACCCCAAACUCCGGAGCAAGUGCUCAUAAUAUGAAUGAAGAGAAAACCGAAGAUAUGAAUGAAGAGAAAACCGAAGAUAUGAAUGAAGAGAAAACCGAAGACGUGAAGCAACCUGAUGAGGAAAUGCCUCCUGUUGAAAAAGAGGAAGUAGCUGCUGAACAGGACAACAGCAACGCUCCUAUGGAAACCGAGGCUGCUGAAUCUGUUGGAAACCAUGUUGUCAGGGAGUGAAUUUCAGGUUAGCCCGAUUCGACUUCCCUGUUCCCAUGGUGCAUCAAGAUUUUUCGGAACGUUGGCUUAACUGUGUUUGUACUGCAUAGACAUUUACCAGAAGUGGAAAAAUUGAGAGUAUCGGUCCUCGUGUUCACGUUAUAACUUACAUGUACUAGAUUCAGGAUUCUCAUGUCAUCUUCGUUUAUGAUCAAUGGGAAGACAAUUUUCGGACUGACUAAAGUUCCGACUCAUUCCUUGAAAGUUUCUGAAUUAAUAGUUCGUGUAUGCUGUUCUGUUCAA